CGGUUUAGAUCACAUGACACGCAGCAAAUUAUCUAGAUUAGUAGUUUCUACAAUCGUGUGCUCUCUGGAUGGUCCAUUUCGCCUUCUAACCACCAGCAUUCACUUAUACUCACUCAAUUCUCUCUCGACACCUAGCCAUGAGAUUUGAGAUUCUUGUGCCCUCAGAAAAUGACGCUCCAGAGGUGGCCAGCACGCACUUGGCUGCCAUGGACGCCAACCUGCUGAUGCACGCGCAAUUCCCGAAUGCCAAGAGUCGCGAGUUUCUUGGUGAAUAUCUUCGCAAAGACACUCUGGCACACAUCGCCGACGAUGACACUGGGGUGCUGAUCUCUCGGAGUGCCGACACCGGGAAAAUAGCGAGUUUCAUCAAGUGGAACGUCCAGCGGCAGAGGCGGCCCAACGACAAAGACGAGCACGAGCACGAUGAGGAAAUCCCGGAAUGCUGCCGACGGGAGUACCUUGACUCGUAUGCCGAACUCACCAAGAAGGCUAGGCGCAAUGUUCUGGGCGACCGGGCACAUUACCAUGUGACAUAUCUCUGUACCCAUCCCGAGUGGAGCGGCCAAGGAGCUGCGUCCGGAUUGUUGCGAAGUGUGUUGGAUAAGGCAGCCGCCGCCGGCGUGCCGGUCGUGUUGGAGGCCACGAUGAACGCCGUUACGUUUUAUGAGAGACUCGGCUUUGAAAUCCGGCAGGAACUCACGAUGAUGCUGCCGCCACGUGGGUCAAACGAACCAACGGAGCACUAUGCUGAAAGAACGAUGGUCUGGACGCAAGCCGAGAUGCCCUAGUGAAGCGUGGGUCAGGGCAGUUAUCCAAGUCAUGAUUCAGCAGAUAUCCGAUAUCCGAUGACGGUGAAUAAGAAGGACGGACUUGAGAUACGAGUAAACGGAGAGCCCGAUUCGGAGAUACAUCUCGUGCGAUGACGAUAAAAUUACCGUCCCAUCCCCACACUCGCGUGGUAUUGUCGGGUCGAGCGACAGAUUUGGAGCACAGAAAGCCGG